AUGGUAGGUUAUUCUAAAGUUAGAGCAGGGAUAAGUUUCCAUGAUGCAAUGUUGGGUGGUAGAGUGGUGCAAGUUCACCUGGUGGAACACCUUUUUGAUGAAAUCUAUUGGCAUUGGGCUGUUUGCACUUGGCAGAACUCCCUUGGGAGUGAUAUGAUCACUGCUGGUAAACCUAACUUUGAGGAUGUGAUGUCAAAGAAAAGAGGCCUCUCUUCGGAGGGGAAACGUGAGCAGAUUCUUCAAAUCUUUUAUGAGUCUCAGAACUUCUUUCUUCUUAAAGAGCUUGAGAAAUUGGGUCCUAAGGAGGGUGAUAGCCAAUCUGUCAAGGAUGCUGUCCAAAGUCUAGUGGAUGAUGACCUUGUUCUGAAGGAUAAAAUAGGCACUUCUUGUAGGGUUCUAACAUAUCAUAAUGGGCAGCGGAAGCUAGAAAUUUUAAAAAAUUUCUUAAUAAGGUCCCUUAACAUAAAACCCUUAUAAGCCUAAAUCACCUUAAAGGUAACAAUCAAAUGAUAUAUAAAUAUAAAUGUAGGAAUAGAAGAAUAUCUCUAACGCUAAUCCAAUAUGAAUGAUCUCCACGAGGUGUCCAAGUGUCCGUCCUCCAAUGGUAAUCCACACGAAAACUUGAUUCAAGACUUUAGCUCCAAAGACUUUGAUCCUUAAUACAGAAUUCUUCUAAAGAACUCAAUUGGCUUGCUUUCUUUCCUCUCUAAUUUUCUUUCACUUUCUAAAAUUACUUCUAAUAUUUUUGUCCUAAAGAAGACCUCCUUGUCUUAGCUUAGGACACUUUAGAAGCAAUGCUAGGAAGAGACACUCUUGUAAGAAAGAAGAGAUGAGGGAGAGAGAGAGUUGGAUAGAUCUUAAAUGAAUACAGUGGAGUUCCUUUUAUAGAUGGCGUGGGGAUGCUUUGCCAAAGAUGAAUCACAUCCAUUCAGCCAUGAAGAGGGGCGUGAGAUCAAGGAAGGCGACCCAUGAUGAAAAGAUGUAUCAUGAUAGGGGCGCCAUGCAAUGAAAAGGCUUAUCAUGAUAGGUAGUUAUUUCAUCCUUGUCCAC